AUGGGGUGCAACAGCUCGAAGGCCGAAGAUAUCCAGCAAUCUCGUGACCGAAGGCCCGCUGGUGGCGCCCAGGGUGCGGCCAAGGGCGGUAGCGGUGGAUCGCGUCCCAUCGGCGCCCCUCCCACACCGGCCAAGGCCGAUGCUGCCAUCGCAGCCUCGUACCACGAGAAGCGCGAGGCCGACAGCGACUUCCUCAAGAACCUCGUCGAACGCACAUCUCAGAACCUCAUCGACGUCUCACAGAGCUCCAACGCCGCCUUCGACUCGGCUGUGGCCCAGUCCCGCCAGAAGGAAUACCAGAGCCGACAAAUUCUGAAGAAGACCAACGUCAACACGGCCGCGCUGGACCUCUUCGCGGUGCCCGCGCCCUCCAAGACGGUCUCGUCGCCCGUCAAGGCCCUCUCCCAGCCCACCCUCUCCUCUCACGACAAGGAGCUGUUGCUCGACGGCGGUGGCGCGCUGGCCUCGGCCUUUGACAAGAUCUCGGUGCGGGACUGUGGCGAGCUGGUCGUUUCGUUCGGUUCGGCCACGUAA